GGCCCCAGCCCCAGCCCCAGCCCCGGCCCCGGCCCCGGCCCCAGCUCCGCGCCGCGCCCGGCGCGCCUAGGAGCGGGCGCCUUCCGAGCGCCGAUCCGGGAGCCCGGAGUCCCCGCGUCCCCGCAGCCCCCAGAACCCGGACAACUGUUGCGGCGGCGGCGGCGGCGGCGGCAGGGGCAUCGCGGGGGCGUGGGCAGCCCCCGCACCCCAGCAGGCGGCUCCCGCGGGCGCCGGCUCCCGACUACGAAGCGAGGAACGAGCGGGCGGCGGGCACGAGGCAGCUCUGGACGGAUCAAUGCAAGCCAGACGAUGACCAGUUGUGGCCAGCAGUCCUUGAACGUGCUCGCCGUCCUCUUCUCGUUGCUGUUUUCUGCAGUCUUGUCUGCACAUUUCCGGGUCUGUGAACCGUACACAGACCACAAAGGCCGCUACCACUUCGGCUUCCACUGCCCCCGGCUCUCAGACAACAAGACCUUCAUCCUCUGUUGUCACCAUAACAACACGGCCUUCAAAUACUGCUGCAACGAGACGGAGUUCCAGGCGGUGAUGCAGGCGAACCUCACGGCCAGCUCUGAGGGUUACAUGCACAACAAUUACACCGCCUUGUUAGGAGUGUGGAUCUAUGGCUUUUUCGUGUUGAUGCUGCUGGUUCUGGACCUUUUGUAUUACUCGGCAAUGAACUACGACAUCUGCAAGGUCUACCUGGCACGGUGGGGCAUCCAAGGACGAUGGAUGAAACAGGACCCCCGGCGGUGGGGGAAUCCUGCUCGGGCCCCUCGGCCGGGUCAGCAGGCCCCACAGCCGCAGCCUCCCCCAGGCCCGCUGCCACAAGCCCCGCAGGCCGUGCACACGCUGCGGGGAGAUACUCACAGCCCACCGCUGAUGACCUUCCAGAGUUCGUCUGCCUGAAAACCCUUUUGCUGUGCCUCAGGAUGGGGGAGAUGAGAUCUGAAGCACCCGGUGCAGCCUCCGAGAAGAACAACUUCUACAGAGAUGCCAGCGACAGCCGAGGUAGCGGCGGUGGCAGAGGAGGAAAUGGUGCCUGUGCCCAAAGCCCCAUUCCGUGGACUUCUGAGAUACGGAGCAAACUCAGGGGUAGGGGCUGGGGGUGCAGGGGAGGGGAUUCUGAGCCACCUGUCCGCAAGCAAUAGUCCUAUUUUGGGCUGGUGGCUUCUGAGAGGUGACUCAUUGUGGACUCAGGACGAUGAAGACAAAGCAACUCUGGCUGAUUCCAGCCAGGAAGAUUGAGGCCUGUGAGUUAUACCCGUGGUCGAAAACCGAAGCUUCCCUUGCCCCCGCUCCCUCCAACAGCAGCCCCUUGGGGCUAUUUGUGUCAGAAUAUUGAAUGUGCGUGUGUGUGCGCGUGUGUGAUUUGGGGUGUUCUUUUUGUUUGUUUGCUUGGUUAGUUGGUUUUUAUUGGGGCUUUGCCCCUCAAGUUCUCUGAUGGGCAUGAGUCACCCUCCGGCUGGGGGUUCUCAUCCACGUCAAUGUCCAAGCCGCAAGCUUCUUGCUAAGCACAGGGUACAGCCCCUCUGUGUCUCGGGGAGCACUGGGGAUUCGAAAAUGCCAGUCAGGGUUGGUUCUUACAGAAUUCGUUUCUGUAACAAUAGUAAUACUAAGGGACGCAUCUCAGGCUGACCACAGGGCAGGUACCAAGUUAAGUGUUUUCAUGCACUCUCUCUCUCUCCCCACCUGGGAGGCAGGUAUGAUUAACCCCCUGCAGAAAAAGCUCACAGUGGGGAAGGGGUGCCCAGGGCCACAUGGCUAGGAGGAGACCAACCCCUCAUUUGACCUCAGGGGUGCAGGAACCCAAAGUCCAGGCUCCAACUCUCUGGACCUGACAUGCUCCCCAGCCAGGGCACACCCUGCACGAUGCUGGGAGCAUCUCCUUGAUGCCUCCACAGACCACGCCCUGAGUUCUCCACCAUCAUCCACUCAGCACAUUCUGGCCAAGCAUCUGCUGUGUGCCAGGCCCCGUGCUGGGCAGUGAUGGGAACGAAAGAUGAGUCAGACCUCAUCUCGGCCUUGGGAAGCCUCCCAUCUGGUGGGAGACACAGACACAUGGAUCUUUGCUGGAAAGGGUAACGAGGCUAUGGAAACCCAGGGAGGAGGGUUCUAGAAAUCCAUCCCCUUUCAAGUGAGACUUCCACGUAAACCUAGAUGCCCAUACCAUCAACCCACAGAGCUAAUCAUCCCCACUCCUGCCCCGCUGCCCUGGGGCACCUAUGAGAUGGCAUCACCUAAAUCAUCACAAACAUCUCCAAAGGCCACGCUGCCAGUGUAGACACACUCAUUCCAUGGGUGUUAGUGAUACCGAAUCUCCCCCAGCUCUUAGCUCGGGAGGCCCUGCUUAAUAAAUGUGUGUGUCCUCUAACCCAGCUUCCUCAUUUCAUCAGACCGAGGGUUCUCACCCUGACCACCCAACCCUUCACCAGACACGACAGUGAGCAAGGCAGGUCCCUGCUCACUGUGCUAGCUUUCUAGCUGGGGCAGGAAGACAGUGAAGAAGGAAGGUGGCAAGGGCGAUGAGUGCUCUGCCGGGAACUCAGUGCCAGGAACUCAGUUCGAGAGAUAUGUGAGUGAGACCCUUGUGGACCUGGGGUGGUUGGGAAGGCCUUCUUGAGCAGAUGAUUGAAGCCCAGAUUUGAAUGACACACAGGAGCCAGUAAUGGGCGUUAAAGAUACGAAAAUAGCAUUCCAGGCAGAAGGAACGGCUAGUGCAAAGAUCCUGCAGCAGCCACAGGCUUGGUGGUUUCAAAAAAGAAGCACAAGAAAGCCAGGUGGCUGGGGACCCAGAGGGAAGGCAGAAGGAGAUGAGGGUGAUAGUGCCCAGCUCUGGGCUCCACUGUCAGUCAAGCUGUGCAAACACAAUGACCUGCCCUGCCUUUGGAAAAGCAGAACAAACUUGCUAGGGCAUAAAGCUUCCUCCAUUCUGCCUGGCUCUCCAUCCUCCCAACAGCCCCAUGAAGAAGGGACUCUUCCCCAUUUUAUGGACGAGAAGACAGACUCAGCCAGGUCAAGUGGCUUGCCCAGGAUCACACAGGUUGGCUGUGGAAGACCCAGGCCCCUGGCUUCAGUCUUUGGGUCCAGGUGUCUCCUCCAGGCAGUGCUGCCAGUGUCCAGGCAUAUGGCUUGGCAAAGUGGGAGAAGCUCCGCUUGGGGUCUCGAUUAGAGAAAGGCAUGGCUUCCUCUCCCCUGAUGUGAGCCAGCCCAGGGCCAUGUUGCCAUAAGGGGGUGCACAGCCUGUCCACUAGCCCAGCUGGGGAAGCCACAGCUGUGUCCCAUGUGCAGUGCCUCAGAAGGCACAGGAAGCCUUGGGGUGAGGGCCCAAGACCCAGAUUCUGACAUCAGCUCUGCCACUGAGAACAGCGUGACCUCAGGCAAGGUCUGUUACCUCAGUUUCCCGAUCGGUAAGAGGAAGGAGUCAGAUGGGUAUUUAAGGAGUUUGCAACCCUCGUGUCUUGCUCUCCUGGAUGAUGCUCUGUAGGUGCUUCAUCUGCCAAAAAGGAACUGGUGGCCUUGCCUCCCUCUCCUGGACACCUGGGGUCAGAGGUCACUGCCAAAUAGACAGCUAGAGCUGGAGUUCACCUAAGCAUCCCUUGAGAUUUACAACCUUCUAGGAGGACAUUCCUCCUGCCUGCCCCCCUCCCCGCAAGAGGUCUUUUCAGGAAUAACUGAAAAACCCAUGGGGUUUGUGGUCCUGCUGCUCUGCCAAGUCCCUCUUGGGCAGCCAGGCUGAGGACUGGAACAUUCUGUGGCAAGCAGGAGGCCUCAGCAGAGAUCACCAAGACCCAGCACACCUGGUAUAGAUAGCCUGCGGCAAAGGCAGGUGCAGACUGCAGACAGCCACGGCACCCUCCUUCCUGCAGGUCACCCCCACGAGCCACUUAACCUCUCAGAGCCUCUGCUUCUCACCUGUCAAGUGUGUGAGGUAGGGUACCAGGCAGUCACGGUACUUGCUGUCUCACAGAGGAGCCGACAGGUGAGAACAGUGUGCAUGUGGGUGUGAACACUCAGUGUGGAAAGCAGGUGUGUGUGUAUUCAAUCCCCCAAUGGUGUCAAGAGCUCCUCAAAAUGCCAUGGGUCCCCAGGUCAUUGUGAUAAACACUGUCCCCAUCCUGCUGUGGUUGUGGCUGGCAGGUCCUUCAAUGAGGAGAGUGUCCCUGAGAACAAGAUGGAUGCAGGGUAGUGACAAGUUCAAGCAUAGAUUUCUAGAAUUACCACUUUUUAGCAACUCCCCAACCUGAUUUUUUAAGCUGCCUACUUUUUCUUUUUACUGUGAGCUUCUGUCCAUCACCAUGUAAUUUGUAAUAAUAAUAAUACAAAAAGAAAAACACAAGAGGACAAGAUGUCCACAGAGGAAUCUGCAUUCGAGGCUGCUUUGCAGAACUACCGCGUUUGUAAGGACUGUUUCCCACUGGGAACUGUGUGUAAUUAACGAGCAGUUUUAUGCUUUCCCUCUCGUCUGUGUACGGUGUGAUUGUUGUGUGUUUCAGAAUCUCUAUUCAGAACCAAUAGCUGGUAGUGCCCACUGGCUCGCUGCCCUCAAGUUAGCCUCUGAACAUGCCCUGCACCUAGAGAAGCAGCCUGCUCACCCGCCUCACCUGGCCGCUCCAGUGGCCAGGCCAGCACCUGACCAUGACCAUUGCUGAUGUGCAACAGGCCUUAAUUGAAAACACAAGUACAUACGUGCACAUGCAACCAGCUGUGCAUGCACACGCAUGGACGCACAUGCACACACAGGUGAUUUCACAGGUAGAUCUGGUCCCUCUUGCUGUCUCCAAUGCUCUAGAAAGCAACAAGUAGGCAGCUGACAGUGUUCCCAGGGUGGGUGGCAUCUCCCCUCAUCAUCAGAAAGAUUCAGUCAGAUUUUGUCCAAGAGCUGAAGAGAAGGACUUGGGAAUGUCAGGGAAAACAUGACAGGGAUGGGGGUUAACAGGCUUCUUUGGCCAGGAGAUGGUUCCCAGUUCACCAUCAAACCAAAAGCUCUCUUCAGGUCAUGUCAAAGAGACCAGGGCUGUGGGUGUGGCUGGGCCUGGCACUGACUCCCCCACAGGCUGCUGUCCAGGUCGGGUCAGGAUUACAGCCGCCAUCCCCACCCAGGCCCCUCCGCUGGCUCGGCUGCUUUCACAAUCACCGUGUCUAUUAGAGACUGUGCCAUUCAAGGAGACAGGGUCCCCGGGGGUGCGGACUUGUAAAAUUUUUUAUUGGCUUAUUUUAAUUUUUCAACUUGGCUGAACUGGUCCCCAUCAACAGGAAGAGCCUUCGGAAGUGAAUUUACAGAUUUCCCCCAUGUUUGAAAUUAACAUAACAUGAACCCAGGAGGCAGAGCUUGCAGUGAGCUGAGAUCGCACCAGUGCACUCCAGCCUGGGCGACAGAGUGAGACUCUGUCUAGGUAGGUAGGUAGGUAAGAAGGAAGGAAGAACAGACCUGGAUGGAGUUAUUGGGAACAUGUCUUAUCAAUGUUGAAGGGCAACCUAUCACUACAGGGAGACAUCCACGUGGGUUGUUUUCAUCUGCUAUGAAAAUCCACAGUUGGAAUCAUGGAAGCAAACUGCAGGAAUUCUUAAUCAUCCUGCUCAUGUGGUGGGCAUCAGAGGGUGUCUGCCUGGCCCCCACAGCACUGGGAUGGUCAGAGAGGCCAUGAGUGGAUGACGCCCUGAUCACUGCCCUUUGCAGUCCAGGAAUGCAUCACUGGGCUGGGGCCAUGCCCUGUGCCCUCUGGAAGACAAGCCUGUGUACUUACUAUGUGCCAGAUGCCAUGCACAGUGCCGUAGUUCCUUGCUGUAGCACCAACACGUCCCACGCUGGUGCUUAAGUGCAUGCAAACAACUUUAGGGGUUGUGGCCCGAAAAGCUCAAAUGUUAAAGUUAAGCAGUCAGGCGAGCUAGAAGAGGUCAGGAUCCUCCUAGAAAACUCACUCGAUGACACACGCUUCCCUCACCUAUUCAACGGACACUUGCCAAGCGCCUGCUGCUUGCCGGGCCCUGGGAGCCAUUCCUGCUAUAGCUGGGACCACCUGUGAAACAGCUAGUUGUGCGUAACAGACAUGCUCAGAUUCACAAAAUGAAUUCAGAACACUUACCUGUCCCACCCAUGAAAGUGACCUUGGAGGUGUCGUUGCCCCCACCACCCCAGUUUCUAGUCCAAGCCAACAGCUGGUGCUAGAUAGAUGCUUCAUGAAUGAGCAGAUUUGACUGUUAGUUACUCUGUACCUAAAACUCCUAUCUUCACAUCAAAGCCCUGACAGAUUUGCCCUUGACAGACUGAAAUCCAGGGCUGCUGCAGGGUUCACCUCCAGGAGGCACCAUUCACGACACUGUCCCAUAAAUGGUAAUGGGCUCCCAGGGAUACUGUUUACAUAGACUGCACUGAGAACGGUGACCCUUGGGUUUGUACAAUGAGGUGCCCCGUUGAAUGACCCUAAACCAGCCUCCAAAAUGUGCGGGAUCCCACAUCAUUGAUCAGCGCCAACCCUGAGCACAGGAUCAAAAACUAUAGAUGACAUGGCCACCCUGGCCACAACUGGAACCAAGCUGGUGGCCCCAGAGAGAGCCUCUUCUUGGAAUUGCACGUCAGUUUCUCAUACCCAGUUGCUUCCUAUUUUUCCCCAUUUCCCGUUUUAAAGCUAGCGGCAUACCUCACAGUCAAAUAACCAAGUGGUCAGUGUCUGGACGAUGUGCAGUAACGAGGUGGGGGCUGCAAGGGUGAGGGGCUCAGUCACCUUAACAAGGCAGGAAACCUCCCACAAAAGGCUGAUGUGUCAUCCCCAGGGCCAGCUGGACAAGGGCAUGCAGCGGCAGGGGUGGGGGGAUGGAAAUAUUUUCUCUCCUGUAAACUCUGACUUCAUGUGAGCAGGCAUGGGGUCUCCCUGAGAGCUGAUAACCGGGAAAACCAAAACCAACAAUAUUCCUAAUAAUAAUACUAGAAUGUAAGAAUAAUCAUGUGUUUUUCACUGACCGCUGUUGCUCUGCUUUUGUCUUUAUAUACAGUAGUUUUUAUAACAAUGUCCCUAGGUUUUAAUAAAGGAGUGUCAUGUCAACUGUUCCCUA